GCGGCGCCGACGCCUGCGGACUGUGUGGGAGGCUGGGACCUGGGGAGAUUUUCUUGGGGGUCCUAGAAUGUGUAUUGUUGAGUGGUAGGAGGGGGAAUCCUCUCCGCCUCGCCCCGCCCCUGCCCGGCCUGCCCCCUCUCCCCUCCGGUGCCUUCCCUGGACUUGACGGAACCGGAGUAGGAGCAGCUGAAGUUAUCACUGAUGGAAAAGGGGAACAUAGAAUUGAAGAUGCCCCCAGAUAAGGCUUCAUCUUCUCGAUUGCCUGUGCUACGCCUUGGUGCAAAGAGAAAACUAGAUAAAGAAAAUGCCCCUGAGCCGGAGAAGAAGCGGAUUCGAGGUCCUGGAACAGCAGUAACUAUUGCUGUCUCUCGUCCCAGGGUCUCCACUGUGGCCACUAUGCCAAGGGCAAAAAAACAGGAAGCAGCCCAGAAGGCUCCCCUGAAAACAGGACCCUGGCAUACUACAGCUGCCACCACAGAUGUGAAGAGUAGAAAGCCAGUCUCUGCCGUCUCUGCACCAAAACCUGUAUCAGGAGUGUCCCCUACAACAGCAAAGAAGGGACCUAGCAAGCGUCCAGCCUGGGAUGUGAAAGGACAGCUGUGUGACUUACGUAAGGAGUUCAGUGCCUGCCAAGUACAGACUGAGGUUCUAACUAAGGAGAAUCGGGAACUAAAGAGCCAGUUUGGGCAAGCUGAGCAACAAGCCAAAACUCUGGAGGCUGAGAACAAGGUGUUGAUUGGGGAGCUGACUGAGGCUCGGGCCCAAGCUAAGCAAGACCAGCUGGAGCUGGGGAAGUUGAGUGCCCGGGUCCAGGAGCUGGAGGAACGUCUGCAUACUCAGGAAAGCCUCGUUCAGUCGAUGCAAGAUGAGCAGUUACAUUUGCAAGAGGAACGAAGGAACCUGGCUGCUAGGCUAGAGGUACAGGAGGCACAACUCCAGGAAUCAAUGGCAGCCCUGGCCAAGAGUCAGGCAGAGAUCACAGCCCAGGCAGUCUUGUUGGCUGAGAGGACAGAGCAUCUGCAUGGUCUUGAGAUGGAGCGUCGGUAUCUUCACAACCAGCUACAAGAGCUCAAGGGUAACAUCCGGGUCUUUUGCCGAGUCCGCCCUGCCCUACCUGGAGAGCCCACGCCACCUCCUGGCCUCAUCCUCUUUCCUCCUGGGCCCAAUGGGGCCUCCGAACCUUCCACUCGACUCAGCCUUACUCGGCCACCUGAAGACCGGUGUAGCAUCAUAGGAGGGCUACCAGGUCCUCCUGUCCGAUAUGACUUCUCCUUUGACAGAGUGUUCCUACCAGGAAGCAAACAGAACGAGGUGUUUGAAGAAGUCUCCCUGCUUGUGCAGUCAGCCUUGGAUGGUUACCCUGUGUGCAUCUUUGCCUAUGGCCAAACAGGCAGUGGCAAGACAUUCACGAUGGAAGGAGGGCCAGGGGGAGAUCCUCAAGUUGAGGGGCUGAUCCCACGAGCUGUAAGGCAUCUGUUUUCAGUAGCCCGGAAGCUGGAGGCCCAAGGCUGGAGCUAUACUUUUGUGGCUAGCUAUGUGGAGAUCUAUAACGAAACCAUCAGGGACCUGUUGGCCUGUGUGGGUGGGGCCCAGAAGUGCCAGGGGGUUGAGUAUGAGAUUCGACUGGCUGGUCCUGGAAGUAAGGAACUUAUUGUCACCAAUGCCCAAUAUGUCCCCGUUUCCUGCGAAGAGGAGGUGGAGUCCCUGCUCCAUCUGGCUCGUCAGAAUCGGGCAGUGGCUCGAACAACACAAAAUGAACAGUCUUCACGAAGCCACAGUGUGUUCCAGCUGCAGAUUUCAGGAAAGCACAUGGGGCAGAACUUACACUGUGUAGCCCCUCUCAAUCUAGUGGACCUGGCUGGGAGUGAAAGACUGGACUCGGGCUUGUCCACUGGCCCUGGAGAUCGAGAAAGACUGAAGGAGACCCAGGCCAUCAACAGCAGCCUCUCUACUCUGGGCCUUGUCAUCAUGGCCCUGAGCAAUAAGGAGCCACAUGUGCCAUACCGGAACAGCAAGCUCACGUACCUGCUGCAGAAUUCUCUAAGGGGCAGUGCCAAAAUGCUUAUGUUUGUGAAUAUCUCCCCAUUGGAAGAAAACUUCUCAGAGUCCCUCAACUCGCUGCGAUUUGCCUCCAAGGUAAACCAGUGUGUUAUUGGCACUGCACGAGCUAACAAGAAAUAGAAGGACCAGUCUUUGUGUCCUGUGUGUAUGUGGUUUUUAUGUAUGUGUAAAAGGUGGUAUUUGUAAUUCAUUAGAGUGGCAACUGGCAUUAUAUAACUAGGUUAAUAUAACCAUAAAUUACAAAAUAAAGUUAUCUUAGCA